UGCGCUCAAAAGAACAAAAAUCAAGACACCCACACACAUUACACGACACAAACUGUCCUGUCGCAGAACGCCGAUGGCACCGUCUCUCUCAUACAGGUGGAUCCUAACAAUCCAAUCAUAACGCUGCCCGAUGGCACAACAGCUCAGGUUCAGGGCGUGGCAACGCUGCAUCAAGGCGAAGGCGGCGCCACCAUACAAACGGUACAAAGUCUCGCCGAUGUGAAUGGUCAUGACAAUAUGACCGUCGAUCUGACCGAGGCGCAGGAUGGCCAAAUCUUUAUUACCACCGAGGAUGGGCAGGGAUAUCCGGUGUCAGUGAGCAAUGUUAUAUCGGUGCCCGUCUCCAUGUAUCAGUCGGUGAUGGCCAAUAUGCAGCAGCUGCAGACGAAUAGCGAUGGCACCGUGUGCCUGGCCCCCAUGCAGGUAGAUAACAGCAACACAUCAAACAGCAACAACAACAACAACAACAACAGCAACACAAACAACAGCAGUAAUAAUAGUAGUAGCGGCAGCCCAUCUGCUGCCACGCCCACCUCGCUGCUAGGCAUCUCAGUAAUCAAUGCUGGCGCCAUGCUAGGCCGGCGUCUCACUGGCAGCGGCGCUGGCGUCGCAGCAGCAGCGGCAACGUCCAGUGCCGGACAACAACCGGCGCUGACAUUGCAAGCGCCGCCUGGCAUUCGGUUCUACUGGGCCGCCAGUCCGGGUAGCGGCAGCGGCGCUGGCAGCAACAAUUUGAAUACUACCGCUAGCUUUAAUCUCGCCAAUAACAAUAACAAUAGCAUGCUUACUAACAAUAAUAAUAAUAAUAGCAACAACAACAACAACAGUAGCAGUAACAGCAGUAGCAAUCAUAACAUUAAAAUGACGCUGCCCGUAGUGCUGACAGCGCCGGCGACGUCCACUGCGCAGCGGCGCCUCGAGCCAAACGCGUCUCGGCGCACACCGCAAAAGCGCCGCAAGCUGAACAACAACAACAACAGCAGCGCCGGCAGCAGCAGCAGCAACAACAACACUAACAAUAAUAAUAGCAAGCUAGCUUUACGCAAAAAAGGCAGCGACAUAACGGUACCUGCUGCUGCUGCUGCUGCUGCUGCUGAAACGUCCACCAUACGCUGCGUGGACAGCGCCAGUUUGACCAAUGCCAGCGGCGGCGUCGGCGGCGGCAGCGCAGCCUUGCAACUGCAGCUGCCAGCGAAAACCAUUAAAUUAGAGCAUUUGGAGUAGUAGACUUUAAGCAGCCAUAGGCACACACUUGCCACGCCCACGCCCACGCCCAUGCCAAACGCCUAUUUCCAUCAAUAUUUAAUGCUAGUUACCAUUGCACGUAUCAAAUCUAGUCAAAACGGCGCUGCGUGCACACAGACACACAAACAC